AUGUCUGCGAAGAAGACGAGAAGGCCGUCCUCGCCGCGGCGUUUCUUCGCGCGGCUUUACGGCCAUUUAGAGGCGACGAAGAGAACGGAGGAUGACGAGGAUGAAGAUCACGCGCGAGAGAGCUCGGAUUCCUCGCCGGAGAUCAUGGAGAAAGCAUCGCACGGACUUCCCGAUUCACCUGAAUCGCGCAAAAUGUUGCCGGUGCCACACGCCAAGGACCUCGAAAAAGUACCGAACGACGUCGCGAAUAGCAAAAUAUUCGAGAGCAAGGAAACGAAGAGGGACUCGGUGCUCACGGGUGUGAGACUGCCUUUCCUGCACGGACUUCUACCGCGGGGACCCGGUCAGACCCUUCAUCUCACGCAGCUCGCGCAUCCGCCCACGCUGCCGCCGCAUCUUCACGUCCUGCCGAACCAUCAGUCCAUCGCCGAGCACCACUUCCAAGGAUUCUCAGCCUUCCUGGCGCGUAGAAGAAGGAAAGAGGGCCGGCCGCGAAGACAAAGGACGACAUUCAGCGGCGAACAGACACUGAGGUUGGAAGUCGAGUAUCGGCGGGGAGAGUACAUCUCGAGGGGGCGCAGAUUCGAGCUCGCAACUUCCUUGAGACUCACCGAGACGCAAAUCAAAAUCUGGUUCCAGAACAGGCGCGCCAAGGACAAAAGAAUCGAAAAGGCGCAGCUAGACCAACAGUAUCGAAACUUUGCGGUAUCGAACGGCCUGGUGAAUCUGCCGCUUUACAACGCGACAGGAUUCUGCGGCCUCUGUCUGUACAAGGACACCUACGGCUCGGUGACCAAUCACUCCUGCAUCUCCGGCAGCUCCGUCGUCGUCGACUCGUCUUUGAAGAAUCAGCCGCGUUACAGCAGCAGUGGCAGCGAGACGUCCGACAAUCCGCCGAAUCUCGUGUCGACGACUUAAUUAAAUCCAACGGGCGGUUCACUUAAGACAUGUUCGUUUAAGGUACAUGUCUGACAAUAAGUUCAUUUCUCUCUUUUCUAUUCUAUGUAAUUAUGCGACACAGGGGCAGUUUCAACAAUCCGUUUUCAGCGUGCACGAAGAGAUGAGACAUUACAAAUACUUUCCCUGGCGUCAAUAGCGAUAAGCGAUAACUGCAAAAGACACAUCUGUUUACCUCAGAAAAUCUUUCCUUCUAGUUGUUUCUUUAAUUUCAGUUGACUUUUCAGUACAAUACUAGGCAAUAUGUAAAUAUAGUCGUUAUUGAGUAACCUAGUUUUCAGAGUUUCUCAAACUGUUGCCUUUUCAACCCUCGUUCAUUAUUUACGUGGAACGGAAGAUCGAGAUGCCCGAAGAAUUUUUAGUCUUCCAGAAUAAAGUUUCUGCUGUAAAAUUUUGAAAAUUACCAUAUUGGUGCUUGAUGUUUUCCUAUGCUUUUGUGUACAGUCAGAACAGCACUUCUAAUAUCUUCAUUAUAUCACUGCCGCAAAAAUCUCAUUAUUUUAAGAUACCGAGACAUUUUUUUAAUAAUGAGAUUCUGUGUGAUACGUUUAAUAUCUUAUACAAAUUAGUACUCAUAAAAUUAGUAAACAUUUUAAACAAAGUAACAAUAAUUAUCUUUAAAACCACAUUUUUGUUGAAGAGGUAAAAUUUGAACAAUAUACUAUGUAAAAAAACUAUCAAUAUUGAGACAAUAUUAAGACAAAGAUAACGCAAAAAAUACGGCAACGCCUCAUAUAAAUAUCUUACCAACACUCGUCGCUAGAAUUGAGAAAUGCACUCGAACGCUCUCGAAAUCAGUAAUUAAAUGUACAAACGAAAAAUGCACGUUGGUUUAGUAUCGAAUAAAUUUAAUGAAAUGCACCUUGUUUGCGUUAUUGCUAACAGGUACAAAACGAAAAUUUUUUAAAGUUCUGAAAAAGUUAUGUACUUUUAAAUGUUAACUUUCGCAAGAAACAAGAAACAGUAAAACAGACUCCCGAUCAAGAUUUGCUUCGCUUGGAAUCGCAUCUUUCGAGAUUAGCAUUUUUUGGUAACAAAGUUAAAUCAUUGAAAUAGUGAAAUUAGUUUAUAAACUUACCUCCCAUUUUUCUUGUUUGCUAUUAAUUCGCACGCCGGGAGUAAAAUCGAUUUGAAAACGAUUUUGAAAAAUGAGAAACGUUAAUAUAAACGUUAAAUUAUCACCGAAAAGUCAAUCCAAUUACAAUUAAUCAUAAUAGUAACGUAACGUAUAGAGUUGCAAUUAUUAAUUAUAUAAUAAUUAUAAUAAGAUUUGAGCAUGUUUUAUCUGUAAUUAAUGCUUAAUCGAUAAUGAGAAUACAUGAAACUGCAAAAAGAUAUACAAUUUUAAUUCUUAUCUUUUUAGUUACGUCUCGCAAACAAUUCAUAUAAUUAUUGCAAUGCAUUAUAACUAAGUUGAAAUAAUUUUCAAUAGUUGAUGCACAAGUACAAUUUGCAAUCGCAUGUAUUUCGCGAGUUUGGAGGAGAAUGAAAAAACAGCUCUGUAGACUAAAAACAAAAGUUUAUUAAAUGUGUAAAAAUAGUGUUACAAUCUAAAAUAUAUAUACAAUAUUCUUAUUAUAUCCUAAAAAAAUCCCAGGUUUCUUAAUUUUUAGGAUCUUUACGGACUCGUUUAAGAAUCUUUCAAUUCUUAAAAUCUUAUAUAACUGUAAAUGCAAGAAUUUUUGCUCCGAGAGAUUCCAAGAUUCCAUCCGAUCCAAGAGAGAUUAAAAAAUUAAUUAUUUCAGAGGCAAAUUGAACGUUAGCAAAGUGGUAGUAAAUCAAUUUUCGAUAUUAAUUUGAAGUUGUUCCCUUUGACAACACAUACAGAGUAAUGUUAUGGUUCGUAAUAAUUUAAUUUUUUUCAAUGCUAGGAUAUAAACUGCACAUCCCUAAGAUGGACGUCACUAAAAUUAAAAUUUUUUAAGACGUAAAUUCUACCUUAAAAUAUUAAUAGUCUUAAUUUUUAGAAAUAUUUCUUUCUCAAUCUUCGACUCUGGAACCUUUGGAAACUUAGAUUCCUUAGAUUUUCUCAAAAUCACCUGAUCUCGAUUAACACUCAAAGCAAUUUGAAAAAAAAGUAGGUCGCAUAGAAAUGCAUAGAUCACUUACUUUUGAACUUACCUCAGUCGGCGGCCUCGGAAGGACGGCGGCACAGGCACAUCGCUCUCGUCGAGUACCAGCCCGAAUGGUAAACCAGAAAUUAAUGAAAACGAAAGACAGCAAUUAAUACAGUGAAAGUAAAAAGAAGUCUCAGUAACAAACGCCCUGCCUGCUCAUCGCGAGAAGAAAACUUAAUUAAAUCAAGUGAGAAUGUCUAUCGCGCUUUAGGUGAGGACACGGCCGAUCAAUCACAGAUUUCAACGGGACAAUGAACAUUGAGAAUCAACUCACAAGCAUUUGAAUUUGUUUCCUCCAAUAAAUCUUACUACUCGCGAUUUCAAUUUCUGAAAUCUCAAUCGCUCCGUAAUGUAUUAUAUGAGUCUUGAGAGCAGUAAAGUUUCUUCGACAACUCCGUCAGUCGUUAGAUCUCGCUAACUCGUUUGUUAAAUUCGUUUCUUUCUGAAAGGCCUGGUCUCUCUAACUCGGCAUUUCGGUUAAAGAAUUGAGUCUUUAUCGCCACAAGGAAUUCUUGCACGGUUAUCCCUGAUCCUUCGGGAAUCUCGAUUUCCUAGAUCAUGGAUACCGAUAGAUCAAUAUUAAAGUGUAUCUAUAAGUCAAUUAUUCUCGUACGAGUCUCAAGUGACAAAGAGCUAUGUGAAGCUAACAUUUUGAAUAUCAGAUCUGGUAAUUGGUAUCCUAGGCAUCUCGUAGCAAGGGGUUUAUGGUAGCGUGAUUCCUUCAAUCUUCUAAUAAUACAAUACACGAUGAAAAUAUUGCACCUUAAACGUAGAAUGCUGUAACUUGAAAAAAACUUUUAAAAAGAGUAGACAUAAAAAUUCCGAAAGGGAUACAUAUAAAGAUCUAAUUUAUAAAUUUCUGAAAGUGUAUUCGCGCAACAAUAUAUUGCAGAAUAAAAUUCUGUCUGCUCAACCGCGACGAGUAAGACUUUAACUUUGUUUUCUAAGACUCAAAAUUCUUGAAACUAUGCUGUACAUUUGUAACAUGCGGAUCCCUAGAGAUCUUCGGACGGCGAUACAAAAAGCGCAACAUCUCUCAAAGAGUUCUCCUCAUUUCUAAGCGAUAUAUUUUCAUAGAGAGAAACUCCCUGUGUACACAUGAACACUGGUGAAGAUAAAAAAAAAGAGAGAAGAAAAAUAUAAAAAACAGCAACGAUGCAACAGCUAUACGAACGAAAAUGUACCUCCUGUUCAGCCUAAAACUUUCUUUGCGAAAGGAAGAUGAAUUUAAUGGAAUCGGCAGUGUUUCGCUUGAUGUUUCACGUGUUGGGUUUCGUAAUCGUGGCAUGUACUGUACGGAACAUGUUUAAAAAAUUUUUUUUAUAGCUUACAUUCUUUUCUUAAAAUUGCAUUAGAAUUUGGCAUACAUUUAGCCAGAUAUUUCGUAUAAAUUAUAAGUUAAAAUAAAUUAAUUGCAAUUUAUUAUUAAUAACAAUAGAAGAUGUUUAAAUU